GCUUCUGGUGAGCCAAGAUUAAUCAGUAUUCCAGAAACCUCGGGUUUGCGCCCUCCUUCCCUGUGGUGUUUUCAUUUUUCCCCACUCCCCCUGUCCCGGGCGCAGACUCCUCCCCUUUUCUUAAGUUGCCCCGAUAGUAACUUGCAGUUUCAGAGCGCAUGCAUGCCGGGCUCGUGGCGUUCGUUACUCUUCCGUACCUGCUGCGGAAUUCACCUUGUCAUUGCCUGGGGUACCUUCCACCCGUUACAAAAUCCGAAAAGUUGUGUUCUCUAACACCAAAGAGGUCUGGCUUUCCGGGGGUGAUUCCGAGACGUUGAAGUGCAAAGAAAAGACAUUCCUACAGAAGUAAAAUAUGACUAAAACCAACGGAGAAGAGCCCAGGAUGGGGGGCAGGAUGGAGAGAUUCCAGCGAGGAGUUCGUAAGCGCACACUCUUGGCCAAGAGGAAAGUGCAGAGCAUCACAAAGGAGGAUGUUAAAAGUUACCUUUUACGGAAUGCUUUUGUACUGCUCACUGUCACUGCAGUCAUUGUGGGUACAAUCCUGGGAUUUACCCUCCGACCAUACAAAAUGAGCUACCGAGAAGUCAAGUACUUCUCUUUCCCUGGGGAACUUCUGAUGAGGAUGUUACAGAUGCUGGUGUUACCACUUAUAAUCUCCAGUCUUGUCACAGGAAUGGCGGCCCUAGAUAGUAAGGCGUCAGGGAAGAUGGGAAUGCGAGCUGUAGUCUAUUACAUGACUACGACCAUCAUUGCCGUGGUGAUUGGCAUAAUCAUUGUCAUCAUCAUCCACCCCGGGAAAGGCACAAAGGAAAAUAUGCACAGAGAAGGCAAAAUUGUACAAGUGACAGCUGCAGACGCCUUCCUGGACCUGAUCAGGAAUAUGUUCCCUCCAAAUCUGGUGGAAGCCUGCUUUAAACAGUUUAAAACCAACUAUGAGAAGAGAAGCUUUAAAGUGCCCAUCCAGUCCAAUGAAACACUCGUGAGCGCCGUGAUAAACAAUGUGUCGGAGGCCAUGGAGACUCUUACAAGGAUCACAGAGGAGCUGGUCCCAGUUCCAGGGUCUGUGAAUGGGGUCAAUGCCCUUGGACUAGUUGUCUUCUCCAUGUGCUUUGGAUUUGUGAUUGGAAACAUGAAAGAGCAGGGGCAAGCCCUGAGAGAGUUCUUUGAUUCUCUUAACGAAGCCAUCAUGAGAUUGGUAGCAGUGAUAAUGUGGUACGCCCCUCUGGGCAUCCUCUUCCUGAUUGCAGGGAAAAUUGUUGAGAUGGAAGACAUGGGAGUGAUUGGGGGGCAGCUUGCCAUGUACACGGUGACGGUCAUCGUCGGCCUGCUCAUUCACGCAGUCAUUGUCCUGCCCCUCCUCUACUUCUUGGUAACUCGGAAAAACCCUUGGGUUUUUAUUGGAGGGUUGCUGCAGGCACUCAUCACAGCUCUAGGAACCUCGUCCAGUUCUGCUACCCUACCCAUCACCUUCAAGUGCUUGGAAGAGAACAAUGGUGUGGACAAACGAGUCACCAGAUUUGUGCUCCCAGUGGGGGCAACCAUUAACAUGGAUGGGACUGCACUCUAUGAGGCUUUGGCUGCCAUUUUCAUCGCUCAAGUUAACAACUUUGAGCUGAACUUUGGACAGAUUAUUACAAUCAGCAUCACAGCCACAGCCGCCAGUAUCGGGGCAGCUGGGAUUCCUCAGGCGGGACUGGUCACCAUGGUCAUCGUGCUGACAUCCGUGGGCCUGCCCACCGACGACAUCACGCUCAUCAUCGCCGUGGACUGGUUUCUGGACCGCCUACGCACCACCACCAACGUGCUGGGAGAUUCUCUUGGAGCCGGCAUUGUGGAGCACUUGUCAAGACACGAACUGAAGAACCGAGACGUAGAAAUGGGUAACUCGGUCAUCGAAGAGAAUGAAAUGAAGAAACCCUAUCAGCUGAUUGCCCAGGAAAGCGAAAGUGAGAAACCCAUGGACAGUGAAACCAAGAUGUAGACUAACACAAAAAUGCUUUCUUGAGCAGCAGGUGUUUGCAAACCAUUGUAAAAUGUUUCCAUCUCGUUACAACUCA